AGCCGAGCCGAGCGGAGCGCGGGGAGGACCCGAGGGCGGAGCGGAGCGCGGCGGGCAGGGCCGAGCGACCCCAGAGAGGCCCCGCGUCCCUCCUCGGUGCCCCCCCCGCGCCUCCUCCUCCCGGCCGGCGCCGGGGUUGCCGCGAGCGGCGGCGGAAGACCCAGGGAAGCGCUGACCUCUGCGGAGGCGGCGGGGGCUCAGCAUCGGGCCGGGGCCGGGGGGGCGCCGGGGCCGGGGGGCGGCGCUCCGGCCCGGCCCGGCCCCGCCCGAUGUCCAUGAGCGCGAACACCAUGAUCUUCAUGAUUCUGGGGGCGUCGGUCGUGAUGGCCAUCGCGUGCUUGAUGGACAUGAACGCGCUGCUGGACCGAUUCCACAACUACAUCCUCCCGCACCUGCGGGGCGAGGACCGCGUCUGCCACUGCAACUGUGGCCGGCACCACAUCCACUACGUGAUCCCAUACGACGGGGACCAGUCGGUGGUGGACGCCUCCGAGAACUACUUUGUGACGGACAAUGUGACCAAGCAGGAGAUCGACCUCAUGCUGGGGCUGCUGCUGGGCUUCUGCAUCAGCUGGUUCCUGGUGUGGAUGGACGGCGUCCUGCACUGCGCCGUGCGCGCCUGGAGAGCCGGACGGCGCCACGAUGGCUCGUGGACCUGGCUGCCCAAGCUGUGCAGCCUGCGGGAGCUAGGCCGGCGGCCGCACAGGCCCUUUGAGGAGGCCGCCGGGAACAUGGUGCACGUGAAGCAGAAACUCUACCACAACGGCCACCCCAGCCCGCGGCACCUGUGAGCCGCACAGGGACUUGCCGGGGCCGCCCAGCCAACCGGCUGCUGUACAGAUGUAAAAGGGACCUCGUGGACGCCCGGGCCGGUGGGACUGGACAGCAGCCCCGGGCCCAGGUUGUCUGGGGCUGUGGCCGGCCGGGAGAGUCCAGCGGAAGGUGCUGUCUCCUCUUCUUUUUAUAAAGGGGGUUGGGGUGUGGGCUAGGGUGGGGGCUGGGAUGGGAGAGGCCCUGCAGUUGGGGGGCAGGACCCUGGACUCCUGGCUGGGCAGGACACGAGGGCAGACUCAGCCUCAGCGGUGCUGGGGGGCCCAGAGGGUCCAGGGGGGCAGGUGGGGGCAGGGGUGGCAAGGCAUGUGGCCUGGGCCAGCAUCUGUUUGAAGCUGCUGUUUCCCGUGUGCUGCGUCCACCAACCUGUCUGGUCCCAGCCAGCUCGGGCAGAGGGGAGGGAAGCGAGGGGGGCGCCCGUCUGUACACAGCCGUAGGGUGGGGCGCAGGCGGCUGGUCCCAGGCAGCAUUCAGGCCCCUGGCCCCGCAGUGGCGGGCACCUCAUGUGAAGCCCACCCCUCUGUGGUCAGUAAAUUCUCCAGAAAGCUCCA